AAAAUAUCAUUCAAUUUUCUGAUAAUUUUCAGUGGAAAAUCCAAAACAUAGCGAUUUUUUAAAGUUGAAAACGUUCUUGAUAAGCACCCACAUGCAAGAUUUAAAAGACGUCACACGAGAUGUCCAUUACGAAAAUUAUAGGGCACAAUACAUAACAAAGAUAUCUCAGCAGGCAGCUCGAGAGAGAAACAAACUUAGGAGGGAUUCCGGACCGAAUUUUGAUACAAUUUCCGAAGCAGAUCGACUACUUCAACAAAAGGAAGAGGAGAUUCGUCGAAUGCAAGAUAUGUUGCAACAGAUGCAACAGAAGCUGAGGGCAGCAGGAAAAGAACCUUUAUCCGAAUCCAAAAUGGAUGGAGAUAAAAAAGAUAGUGACAGUGUGGUUAAUUUAUAAAUUUAUAAAAGAUUUCUACUAUUAAAAUUAAAUUUUUUUAUUAUUAUUACUAUUAUUAUUA